GCUUCAAAACCGCGGAAGCGAGUCAAGUUUGGUGUCUUGACACAGACAUCUGUGUCCAGCCCGACUCCUCUGAGCACACCGUGAAUGCAGCUGAGUGCUGAGGGCUGGGGGGGAGCAGCUGAGUCCGACACACAAGUGACCGCUAGCUACAUGUCAACCAUACAGACGGCGGUGAACUAGCAAGAGCGGAAAUCUCUCACGGGGAAGAAGGAGAGGGAGAGACAGAGGGAGAGUGAGGGGGGUCGCCUGAAGGGAUACUGGACUGUAUUUCCCUCCGUUUGAACCGACUGAACACUUCCAUUAGUUUGGGUUUUACCUAUUUUUUGAAGGAGCUCGGGAGUAUCAGCUGUAGGAAGGUUAGCUAGCCACCGCCAUCUCCUCUCAGUCGGAGCGACCGCCGUGUCUUCCACACCAUGGGGAACGCUGCCACCGCCAAGAAGGGCAACGAGCUAGAGAGCGUGAAAGAGUUUCUAGCCAAAGCCAAAGAAGAUUUCUUACGGAAAUGGGAAUGCCCACCACAGAGCACAACGUGCCUAGAUGACUUCGACAGAUUAAAGACCCUGGGCACCGGCUCAUUUGGGAGAGUCAUGCUGGUGAAACACAAAGGAACAGAGCAAUACUUUGCCAUGAAAAUACUGGACAAGCAGAAGGUGGUGAAACUCAAGCAAAUAGAACACACACUAAACGAGAAGAGGAUAUUACAGGCUGUGAGCUUCCCCUUUCUUGUCAAACUUGAGUAUGCGUUUAAGGACAACUCCAAUUUGUACAUGGUGAUGGAGUAUGUUCCAGGAGGAGAGAUGUUCUCACACCUAAGACGAAUCGGAAGGUUCAGUGAACCACACGCACGGUUUUAUGCCGCCCAGAUAGUGCUGACAUUUGAGUACCUCCAUUCACUAGAUCUCAUAUACAGAGAUCUGAAACCCGAGAACCUUCUCAUCGACCACCACGGCUACAUUCAGGUGACAGACUUUGGAUUUGCCAAGAGGGUAAAAGGCAGAACCUGGACGUUGUGUGGGACACCGGAGUACCUGGCCCCAGAAAUCAUUCUCAGCAAAGGCUAUAACAAAGCUGUGGACUGGUGGGCACUCGGAGUCCUCAUCUAUGAAAUGGCAGCUGGCUACCCUCCAUUCUUUGCAGAUCAACCCAUUCAGAUCUAUGAGAAGAUCGUGUCUGGGAAGGUACGAUUCCCGUCCCACUUCAGCUCCGACUUAAAGGACCUGUUGAGAAACCUGCUGCAGGUGGAUCUGACCAAACGCUACGGCAACCUGAAGAACGGAGUCAACGACAUCAAGGGCCACAAAUGGUUUGCCACAACAGACUGGAUCGCGAUCUACGAAAGAAAGGUGGAAGCCCCGUUCAUACCAAAGUGCAGAGGCCCAGGGGACACCAGCAACUUCGACGACUACGAGGAGGAGGAAAUCCGCGUUUCAGUAACGGAAAAAUGCGGAAAGGAGUUUGCAGAGUUUUAGGAUGCGAGAACAUGGAUAUAUCAGGGAAAUAAGGGGAUCUUUGCACUCUUCUAAAGACUUGGGAUGGAGCAGAGACCAUCGUUUUUCAGAUCUACUACAUAGUCCCUUCAUUCCAUAAGGCUGAAUGAGGUCGCCAUGAUCCUUGGGUGCCGAUAACCUCUCACUGUCACGUACACCUGCGUAUUAAAGCAGACACACCACUUUUUCUUUGUUUCUUUUUUUUGUACCUACCCACCAUUUUUUUUUUACUUUGAAGCAGUUAGUCUUGGAUGUUGUUAUAUCCCCUUUUAAAAUGUGACAUUUUUCAAUUUAUGAGGAAAAACUGAGACAACGGCCACUAAUAGUCCACACAUUGUAACUGACUCGUCUACGGCAGUUUGACACACAGAUGUGUGGGUUGUAGGCUGUUCCCUCUAGUCAUCAGCGUUGUAUAUUAAACGGUCUGUUACAAGUCCACAUCACAUUGGCUAUUGUAAAAUUCUGGCCAGGUUCCAGAGGUAGCAUUCGUCCUAUGUGCAUAUCUGUCAGUUUUGUAAGACAUUUGAACACGUCGAGUGUUGAAAGCAUGACCAAAUAGAAAACAUUGGGUGACACGAGAAGAGAGGUCCUUUUCCUUUCUUUGCUUUUUGACUAGAGAGCCAAGUCCUCAGACCCCCCCCCCCCCAACACACACACACACACACACACACACACACACACACACAAGCAUCCAUUCACUAUCUUUUUGGUAUUCUGAUCCAGGCACAGCAAGCCAUCGCAGAAAAAUGACAAACCUUGUUACAUUAGUAAAAUGCAAAUUGAGUUGUUUGUUUGAUCCUUUUUGGAUCUGUUAGUUACAUGUGAAAUUUGUCAUUUGGUAUCUAACUAUUCUUUUGUCGCUGUGUCUAACAUUAUAGUCAUAUUGUCCCUAGAUUUCAGGUCUGCUUAUAAAGACCCUUCGUUAUGAGUCUGUGGAACAAUGUGACUUCAGUAAAUGGAAAUGAGUGAAGUGAAAUCCUUUUAAGGGUUUUUAUUGAGUGUAAUGUUAAGUUGAGAAGGUCAGUGUGAAUAGUGUUGCGGCUCCGUGCCUCGACAUUGUCGGUGAAACCUUUAAAAAAAGUACAGAAUUUGUAAUGUAUUAAAUCAAAGCUGUUUUAAAAUCUUAAGAGACAGGAACGCAAAACUGCAUAUUCACCAUAUUCUCCCUGUUACCAGCCCCGGACAGAUUUCUUUGUUUCAUUCUUAUCAAAGAAUGUAGAUUUGCAACUUAUAGGUAUGCAUAUUUGAAGGCUUGAUUUCAAGGUACAGUUUUCCUCACAAUACACUGGCUAAAAUAAAGACUGCUCCUUUGUAUCACAUGUAACCCUGUUAUUGUUAAACUCAUUACAUCAUACGUAUAUACAUUGUUUCAUAUAUGUUUUUAUUUAUACACAUUAGAGAUGCUAAUAAAUUUUAUUUUUAAAAGUG